CAUGCAGUGUGUGGAGAGGAUCUGCUGUCUCAUUGUUUGCAUGAUUUACUCCACUAAUACUCCCAUAAAACACUCUGUAGCGUCGCUAGUAAACUGUUAUUUUACUAUAGUCCACAGCAUCUUCUGUUUUGCCAAAAUUUCCUCAUUACACAGCCUACGUCAGAGCCGUCACAUCCCGUUUUGAUUCGAGGCGCGACGUGAUCUCGGUUGUUGUGGACUGCUGUAGCGACCCCAAAAACUCGUGACUCCUCUUCUGACACUCACUCAUGUACCUACCAGCUUUGUCUGUGACAGACCUGUAGAUGACGUUUACUUGAGGUGGAAAUAGAGGAGCAGUUAUUAAAACCAGCCUAAUUAAAGCGCUUCUUUUUGGGUAUGGACGGUCCUGCAACACACACUGAAUGUAACGGGAUGAACGGUGCCUCGACAGCAGCUGUAGCGGCUCCGUGUGCUCAGGGCUCCGGUGAAGGCUGUCUGAAGCGCGUCGGAGGCUUCGUCCCGCCGGACUACCGAAAUGAGAUAAUACAAGUUGUUAAACUAGCUGGACCAGUGGUCUUUUCCCAGUUGAUGUUCUUCCUGAUUGGUAUCAUCAGCUUGGUGUUCUGUGGUCACCUGGGAAAAACUGAACUAGCUGGAGUAUCUUUAGCAGCUGUGGUGGUUAAUGUUACUGGUAUUUCCAUUGGCACUGGUUUGUCAUGCACAUGUGAUACUCUCAUAUCUCAGACCUAUGGGAGCGGUAACUUGAAGCGUGUGGGUGUGAUUCUCCAGAGGGGGGUCCUGAUUCUGUUGCUGGCCUGUUUCCCCUGCUGGGCUGUCCUCAUCAACACUGAAGCUCUCUUACUUGCUGUCAAACAGAGCCCAGAAGUUGCCAGUCUGUCCCAGCUGUAUGUGAAGAUCUUCAUGCCUGCUCUGCCGGCAGCUUUUAUGUACCAACUGCAAGGAAGGUAUCUUCAAAAUCAGGGAAUUAUGUGGCCUCAAGUUAUAACUGGACUGUUUGGAAAUGUCCUCAAUGCAAUCAUCAACUAUGUCUUCCUUUAUCCUCUGGAGUUGGGGAUCGCUGGAUCUGCUGCAGCCAAUGCUAUCUCACAGUAUGUGCUGGCUGUGGUCUUGUACAUUUACAUCUACUGGAGGGGUCUGCAUAAGGCCACAUGGGGAGGUUGGUCAUUCGAUUGUCUACAGGAAUGGGGACCCUUUGUCAAACUGGCCAUUCCCAGUAUGCUCAUGAUUUGUCUAGCGUGGUGGAUAUUUGAAGUAGGAGUACUCCUGGCUGGUGUGAUAAGCGAGGUUGAGCUGGGAGCUCAGUCCAUAGUAUACCAGCUGUGCAUUACAGCUCACAUGUUCCCACUGGGAUUCUCCGUGGCUGCCAGUGUACGAGUUGGGAAUGCUCUUGGUGCAGGAAACACAGAACAGGCCAAGCUAUCUUGCAAAGUCCCCAUCAUUUGUGCAUUCAUCGUUGCCUGUUUUGUUGGAACCAGUCUCAGCAUCAGCAGAUAUGUCAUUGGAUACAUUUUCACAUCAGAGCAAGACAUUAUUCAGAGAGUUGCUGAUGUCAUGCUGAUAUUCGGUGUUAUGCAUAUUUGUGAUGCCACUGCGGGUGCGGCCUCAGGUGUUCUCAGAGGAACAGGGAAACAACUGAUUGGUGCUCUGUGUAACUUGGUGGGGUUCUAUUUCAUUGGCUUCCCUAUUGGUGUGUCCCUGAUGUUUGCAGCAAACAUUGGGAUUGUAGGACUAUGGACAGGACUUGCGAUUGGUGUGUCACUGCAGGCGCUUGUUUUUGUCACAUUUUUGUGCAAACUUGAUUGGGAAAAGGCUGCUGAGGAGGCUCUUGUGAGAGCAGGAGUGAAGAUCACAGAGGAAAAGGAGAUGGUUGAGUUGGAAGACACAGACUUGAAACAGGAGGGUGAUGCAAACCUGGAGGUGCAUGAUUCAGGCCACAGUCGACUACAGUUCACUACCACUACAGUGGGACAUCUUCUGUCAGUAAAGCAGCUUGUUUUACGGCGUGGCCUGACAUUGCUAAUCAUGAUUGUCAUCCUCACAGUUGGAAUUGUAACCAGCAGUUUGCUGGUGAAACAGUUCAAAUGAUUCUCUCUAAAAGAACUCUCAGGAAUAUUUUUUAUUGUCAACAUUGAGUGUCAAAAGGCUGCUUAUCAGGUAGAUUCCACUGAAAACUCUUAAGUCUGCAGUCUCCACUUUCUCCUAUAGUGCAAAUGAUGGAUAGCCAAAGUGAAUGAUGAGUCAAAGAGCCGAAGAGACACAUACAUUUUUGGCAUAUUUAUUUAUUCAGGUAUAUUCACCAUGAAAUGACAUGAAAAGUAUAGUAAUAGCAGCUGAUGGCAGUUAGUGGCUAACUCAAAGAAGAACAGCAGCUGAAAAUGUCCGCCAAAUUGGGAAAACAAUGAGGUUCGGGAGCUCGUUACCUUCCAAGCAGAGGACAAGAUCAGCUGGUAUAUAACAAGGAUGGUAAAUGAGUGUUAUUGCCAUGUUGUUCCAUUGUUAUUGUGUAGAAAGCGCUGCCGACAUGUAUGUUAUAUGUCACACUAGAGGGUGAUGCUGUCGUGUUACAUGUCACGUCUGUUAUGCUUCUUUUGAUUCUGCAAUGCCAGUAUGCUGUCUAAAAUCACACAGUUGAGCAACAUGAUGCCGUCGCUGUUUGGUUCUGUGUAAAAAGGGACUUUUUAGUGGCCUUAUAGUGCCAUCUCUGUAUAAAAAGGGCUAUAGAUAUCACCUCAGGCAUUUGUUUAGACUUACUACCCUUGCCGGUAAGCUUUAAUGUAAAAAGAAUAUGGUUUAAAAAAAUAACGUGUUAUGAAUGUUGGCCACAGAUAUUUACAUUUUAGGAUGAUUAUUUAUAUUUAUGCCUUCAUGCUGCCGAGAGCCAUGGCCUGAGCCAUUAUGUUUUGAGGUUGUCUGUCUGUGCCAUUCUUGUAUACAUGGAGCCUUACGAAAAUGUUUUGAAAUUUGGCAACAACAUCCAAUUGGGCUAUGGGAUGAACUGAUUAGAAUUUGGUAUUCAAAGUCACUGUGUCCUCAUAAAACACAUUUAAGGCCUAACUCAAGAAUUCAUUCAUUAAUUAUGACUUUCACAUAAACAUCUAAAAGGAUAAAAUGAUGAAAUGAUAACUUUUAUAUCAAACGGUCAAAGGGCAACUCUACAGUGAGUGCAUAAUGUUUUUCACUUUUUUGGCCAUUAUUGAACACCGUAGCUCAGGAACAGAAGUACAGACAUUUGGUCAGAUACUGAAUUGGUGACACUAAUCCUGGGUGUCCACCUUGAAACUGUCCUGAUUGCAGAGAUCAUCUGUGCUGCCAGAUUGAAGAUGUGUGUGAAACAUCCACGUCUUGAUUUUUAGCUUCUUUGCAGUAUCAUCCAUAUUUGAAGCAUUGUCUGCUGUCAUGGUUACAUAUGAGUCUGGACAGACAGGAAUGAAAACUGCAACUUAACUACAACCGCAAGAUGCUAAUUAAAGUUUUGAGAUAGUAGAGAUUCACCUUGUAGUUCAAACCAAAAUAUGUGUUCCUUAGGGGCCAAUCCUUGAACCACUCAUGUAAUAUGAGAGUGUAAUGUGUUCUGAACUUUUGAAUUUGAAAGAAAAAGUAUAUUUUGGACUAUUAUCUUUUUACAUUGCACAUAAUUGCUGUACUGUGGAAUUUUGAACCCCCAAACACCCCCGAAUAAAUAUUUUUGCACAUCCUGCACAAAACUGUAGUUUUCUCAUUCUGAAACAGCAAUAUUUUACAUAUUUGUCAUGUUACAGUAUUGUAGACACUAUGUCUUUUUUAUAUUUUCAUUGUACUUUUUCUCUUCUAUACUUAUGUUCUUGACUGUUGCAGUACUUUGCCUUUCCUUUUUAUUUCCUCUUAAUGUGUUUUUUGUAUGUUUAUUGUAUGCACCAAACACCAAGGCAGAUUUCCUGUAGGUAAAACCUACUUGGUUAUAAACAUUGUACUGAUUAUGAUGACCCUCAAAUGAACUAGAAUAAGUUUUUGGUCCCAAAGAAAAGGGACUGAAAGUCAGUGCUUAUCAUGAUUCUGUCACUGAAAACUAAAACCUAAAUUAGAAAUCUUGGUGCAGU